AUGGACCAUGUCAACCACACGUGGACCCAGAGCUUCAUCCUGACUGGUUUCAUGCUCCCUGGGACCCUGAGGCCACUGGCAUUCUUGGGAGCCCUGUGCAUCUACCUCCUCACCCUGGCGGGCAACUUGUUCAUCAUCGUCCUGGUGCAGGCAGACUCCGGGCUGGCCACACCCAUGUACUUCUUCAUCAGCGUGCUCUCCUUCCUGGAGCUCUGGUACGUGAGCACCACAGUGCCCCUGCUGCUGCACUCCUUGCUCCAUGGGCGGACUUCCAUCUCGCCAGUGGCGUGCUUCCUCCAGCUCUAUGUCUUCCACUCCCUGGGCAUGACCGAGUGCUACCUGCUGGCUGCCAUGGCACUGGACCGCUACCUGGCCAUCUGCCGCCCGCUGCACUACCAUGCCCUCAUGAGCAGGCAGGUGCAGCUGUGGCUGGCAGGGGCGUCAUGGGUAGCUGGCUUCUCAGCUGCGCUGGUGCCAGCGAGUCUCACAGCCACCCUGCCCUUCUGUCUGAGAGAGGUGACCCAUUACUUUUGUGACCUGGCACCACUGAUGCGGUUGGCAUGUGUGGACACAGGCUGGCAUGCUCAAGUCCAUAUUGGAGUGAUUGGCACAAUCAAUGCAUGUAACCUUAUAUUCAUUUUUGGACUGUAUGGGAGAAUCCUGAGAGCUGUGAUGAAGCUCCCCUCAGCUGCCAGCCGUGCCAAGGCCUUCUCCACCUGCUCUUCCCACAUGACUGUGGUGACACUGUUCUUUGGCUCUGCCUUCAUUGUCUAUGUAGGGCCAUCAGGGAGUCGUCCUGAGGGUGCAGAUAAGUGCAUUGCCUUGGUGUAUGCUUUAGUUACCCCUUUCCUCAACCCCAUUAUUUAUACCCUGCGUAAUAAAGAGGUGAAGGAGGCCAUCAAAAGGGUCACCCAGAGGACUAAGGUGAUGUUGAAAGGGUCCUGA